AUGGCGAACGCGGCAGCGACUGAACUGGCGACCGUCGUCAUGUUGGGACCUAAGUUUUCUAGAUAUGUUGAUGUUGGCACACAAGGUAGGAUCAGCGAUGGAGGUGUGUGGAACAAAUGCAACUUAAAGGAGCUUAUAGAUGUAAAUGCUCUUGACAUACCUCCAGCUCAUCCGCUUCCAGGUCAAGACAUAGUCACACCAUAUGUCUUCUUAGCCGAUGAUGCUUUUGGCUUGAAACCGUAUAUCCUGAAACCUUAUGGUGGAAGUGAUUUGACUCUGGAAGAACGGAUAUGCAAUUACAGAAUUUCACGUGGCCGCCAAGUAGUGGAGACAGCUUUUGGAAUUUUUUCAAACAGACUACGGGUGUUCCUGAACCCCAUACUGUUGCAGCCAGACAAAGUGCGCACAUUAGUACUUGCUGGUUGUGCGCUUCACAACUUUUUAAGGAGCCAUGAAAACACAGCAUCAUGGCCAGUCGAUUAUGUGGACAGAGAAAAUGUGGAAACCGGUUUCACUGUGCCUGGUGCAUGGAGGAGUGAGAUUCCUGUACAGCCUGGGACAGAUAUACAUCUUCCACAAGUGGCCAGAACCUACUCCAACUUUUACAGCUCAGAGGCAAAAGCUGUAAGGGUAACUUUAAAGAAUUUUUCAUGUCCGAUGUUGGUGCUGUUUACUGGCAACUUCGUUUUGUGUAGCUAUUAUGUACAAUUGAAAGAAUUAAGAAUAAUGUAAUAAAACAAACAUUUAUUAAACAUAAUAUAAUAAAACAAACAUUUAUUGUUUUAAAAAUUGGCCCUUGAUUGUUUAUAAUAUUUGAGCAAAAUGCCCUGUAUUUCGUAUUUUGCUUCUUCCCGC